UGUCUUUUAUUCAGAGCUACUAAUUUUCCUCGUUUUGCUACCACGAAAUAGAUUUCAAGGUGUCAAUCACGGCAGUUUUACCAGUAGCAACCAGCUGACAGUAACCGAACCAAGGAGUGGUUUGUAAUUUACACCUCGAUGCUGGCGCCGGGAGGGGCGGACACCUUUUCUUUAGAUCUCGUUACCACCCACAUUGACAUAGUGAUCAUUUUGGGUUUAAGUGGUACAGAAAUCAAACGAACUCCCAACGUGUCUUUAAAAAAAUGCGAGUAAUUCUAUUGGCUGAGGAGGGACGCAAAUAAUGCUGUCAUUUCCAUCAGCUGUGCGGAUUCAGACUAUCAGAUCUGCGGCGGACCGUUCUGUGACACUAAACAGAUAUGUGUCUCCUGACGCUCCGCCUGCACCUCCUGCUGACCGCCUGCAUGCUGGCCUGUCCUGCAGUCACUGCCCUGUUUGAGUGGCUAAGGUCAGCGCCUCCUCCUGCAGCGGCGCCGCCUCCUCCGUCGCCUCCAGCCCACCUUGAAAGGGAUGCUCCAUUUGAGAUGAUGACUGCAGAUGAGAAGUUUCUGGCUGAGGCAAAGCAGAUGGAGCUCAGUCCAUUGACCAGCUGUCAUUUCAGUGUUGUUGCUCAGCUGAAGUCGAGCUGUGAAAACCUUUCUGAAGAAAAUCUUGCAAAGCUUGGAGUGGCUCUGUUUAACUGCCAAGCAGAGGCCGAGGGGCGUCCAACGUUCCAGUGUACGGACGAAAUGNNCAUCAAAGAGUGCACAGCAGGCAUGGAUUCCGACACAUGGAAUGCAUACCUCAUUGUAAGCAACCGAGCGCGCUCUGUUUGUUAUGCAACCCGGCAGCAACUUUUCCGGCGCAGAGCGGAGCAGACGGUCAAUGCCCUCAUCUCCACGGCAACCAGUCAGCUGGAUGCAAUGAAAGACCUGAAGGAGGGACAGUUGGAGCUGAAAGAACUGACUUCUGCGUCUCUGGAGAAGCUCCUGGAGGGUCACAGCACCCUGCAGGCUCAACAAGGGAAGCUACACGAGGGCCAGGGUCAGAUGGAGAGUUCAAUGCGGGAGAACCUGGAGCGUCUGGGUCAGGAGAAGGCCCUGAUCACCUCAGGACAGGAACUGGUGGCUCAGCUCAUUCAGGGCAUCACCAAAAAAAUGGAGAAUGUUAGCGAGCACCUGCAGAUCCACAACUCUGAGGUGCAGGACAGCCACAAGGCGAUAGUUGAAGACCUCACUGAAGUCAGACAUCAAGCUCAGGACAUCUACCAUAAGAUCGACAACAGCAUGGGGGAGUUUCUGCAGUACCAGGACCAAACUUCACAAUACUACACUGACCUGAUGACCAAACUGGAGCACAUGAACAGCACGCUGGGAUUCAUGUUGCACUACCUGGAUACCAUGCAGACCCGAGUGGAGGAGCGGCUUCACAUGAUCCAGGGCUACCUGGGCUGGGCAGGUUUGAGUCUGACAGCCAUGUGGACAUGCGUCAUACACAUAGGCUACUUUGUUUUGUGUGCGGUCCUGCUGACAUUCCUGCGGUGUCCAGCUUUCUCUCGAGUCCUGCUGUUGUUCACCGUUCCCCUGAACGCAGCGGCGGAAGUCAACCAGCAGCCGGCGCUGGAUCUCGGCAGCCUCAGCCUGCUUCUUCUCACUCUGUCUCUGGGUCACUGGUGUUUGAAUUGGCUCUGGUUGAGCUUCCAGAUGAGAGAGAAGACAGCUGCUCCACUGUCACCGGUUCAAAGUAGCAAUACUGAGCCGCGGAAGCAGGAAAUGUUGAUGUGCAACAAGUUUCCACCUUCUUCAACACCACAGAGACAUGAAAAGGACUCCGUGGAAGAGGAUGACCUGCUUCAUCAGCGCAGCUUCUUAUCUGGUGAUCUUGGCGUGUCAGCAGUGUCUCCCUUUCCCAAUAAACCAGGACGAGAGUCUAGAUUUGGACCGGUACACGAAUCGUUAAACCACUCCACCCCGAGACCGAGACCAACACCGGUUUUCUCAGGGGCUCUGUUCAGUGACAUCACUCCGAGGAACCUGGGGGGUGGCUUUGACGCACUGAACGACUCGCUCGGGUUCAGGAACGACUCGAGAAGUGCUAGUCCAACCCCGUCCCUCAGCAACAGCUCUCUGACAGGCCGCCAGCUCUGUAACGGAAUCACAAAAACGGGAAAACCUUGCAAGAAGCGAGCCGUCCCAGGACAGGAGUACUGUCGAGUCCACGAAGGAGGCCACUCCUCCUACGUUCACUCCUGAACCUCUCUUUGAAUGGAGUUUCCAGAAGCUCCACUGUUUUUAAAAGCAGGUUUUAAAUGUCGCACGUGUAUGAUUUUUUUUUUUUGUUGCUUUUUAAAAUAAAUUAUUUCAUUCUACAA